AUGGAAUCUGUUGUCCUAGCCAAACUGCUUCUCGUGCUUGUUCGCCUUGUUUCUCAUUCGAUCAUAAGCAAUGCAUGGAAGACGGUGCACAUUGAUGGCAAGGGUGGAACGAGGGUAGUUGAGUACAUGACGGAAAACUUUCACUUGAAUUGUAAUUCACGCAAACAUGAUAUGGAGGGACUACUGAAAUGGAAGACAGACAGGAAGAUUCGUUCUUGUGAUGGUUUGAAGCCUAGUCUUGGCGUUGUCUGUGUCGAUCGAAGUAGAAACAACACUCACAGAAUGGCUCUACUGAUGUUUGGAAAAAUCUACAGAGAAUCAGAGGGAUUUUACACUUGCUAUAGAAAAUCUGUUCUAAAGGAGGAAAGUCAAUCAGUUUUCGUCAAAGUGAUUGUCAAUAAUUCUGCUCCUCCUAUCUCUAUUUCUAUUCAACGGAGUUGGAAAAACAAUGUUACAAGACCUUACGAAAAUGUUUGUUGUCUAGUCAAAUCAGUGAUUGACAACUUUGCAGGCUUCAACAUAACGUGGAACAAUGAAUAUGGUGUACCUGUUCAAAAUUGGCUUGGCCAUGGAAAACUAGGUUAUCACACAAGAAAUGAGAAAUGCUUAAUUCUUUACUACUUUGUCGAUAGCAAUAGCUCACACGUGUAUAUAUGUGAAGUGUCUUCACCUUACUACAAUAACACUGUCACUAAAACAAUUGAAGUACCAAUGAAAAGUUAUGCCAAUAAUACCGUUACUGAGGCAACUGAGGUAUCAACAGAAACUACGCAGUCAAUGCUGAGGUCUACACUGGCAGUUGUACAUUAUAAUAAUAAUAUAACUAGCAGUGAAGAAGCGGCGGUGUCCACCUCAUCAUUGUCUGCCAACGAACAAUCAAAUUGGAAUCAUCUAGUCAUUAUAUCAAUGUCUAUAGCUGGUAGCAUCAUAUUGGCCGUGGGUUUAUUUAUUGUUUGUUACUGCUUGAGAUGUACGUCGUCACGUUCUGUUUGGGAUGAUCUUUAUCCUAACAUGAAAAUGGUGGAGCGACAAAUUGCAAAGAAGUUGUCAUGGUUGCAAAAGGAAGUAGUCGAGUUGCAGCCAGUACAGUUAGAAGUGGUUGAUGUUAUAGGCAGAGGUUUCUUUGGUGUGGUAUGUGAAGCAAGAGUGAGGAAUUCUGGCGGCUUUCAAGGACCCAGGGAGGUGGCAGUUAAAAUGGUCAAUGAUGAGAUGGACAGGGAAGCAUAUAGCUCCCUUGUUGAUGAAGCUAUUCUAAUGAAUAAGUUUGGUGGACACAGUCAUGUUGUCACCUUGCUGGGAAUCUGCUUGCAAAUGAAAGGAUGUCCUUGGUUAAUAUUUGAGUUGGCUAAACAUGGCAACCUACGUGGCUAUCUCAGAUCACAUCGUCCACAGGGUACCUUGACUAAAGCAAAUUCUGAGGAUGCUUCAACAUCUGAUGGGUAUCUGUCAAUCAUCAGUACUGAAAAGGCUCUCACCUAUGCGUUACAAAUUGCUAAGGGUAUGGAGUAUCUUAUAUCACAAAUGUGUCUUCAUCGAGACUUGGCUGCACGAAACGUUCUCGUGUUUGCUGAUGAGUGCCUGAAAAUAUCAGACUUUGGCCUAGCAAAGGAUAUACAUUAUCAGGAAUACUACAGAAAACAAUCAUCUGGAAUUAUACCUGUUAAGUGGACUGCACCAGAAGCUCUGUUCUAUAAAGUCUAUUCUGAAGCUAGCGAUAUUUGGUCAUUUGGUGUAGUCUUGUGGGAAAUAGUGACAAGAGGUGGAACACCUUAUCCUGGUGUUGAUGUGGUAUCGUUGUACAGGCUACUUUCAGCCACACCACCCUACCGCAUGUCACGCCCGCGUGGAUGCUCACAGGCUGUCUAUGACCUCAUGUUUCAAUGUUGGAAGAAUGAACCUUCCUCUCGUCCUACCUUUUCUUCCCUAGUUACAGAUAUUACAGGGCUGACUACAUUAGAAGCAGCCAAGAAUGACAACGUUGUUGAAGUAGAGAAGUAAGGCAGGAAAGCUUGUAAAUGGCAUCUGUGUAAGAUGUUAUUCUUAGAAGCUAGAGCUAAACAGUUGUUGCUGCACAUUAAUAUAUUUCACUUACAUGUCUGUAUGUAAUGACAAUACACCCAGAAUUGACUCUAGUGAUUGUGAAGACUGUAGCUAGCAAAGACUCUACACCCGAGGUUGAUCAGAAGACAUCUCCAUCUGUCUAAACUUGCAUGUA